AGAUGCAAUUAAGUUCUACUUUUCACCAUUGUAUGGAACUAAUUUACAUAUACUUAUACUUCAACAAGUAUAACAAUGAAGACAAUUAAUUCAUUGUUUGGCCUCUUGUUCCUUCUCCUAAUUGCAUUUACCAUGAAGCCUGCCGUUGCUAGUGGUGUUCAUGACACAGAUGAUCGCAUGUUAGAAAAUGGAGGUGACUACUUCAUCUUACCUAGUUUUGAUGAAGAGGGUGGUGGAGUUACACUUGCUAGCAUUGGUGUGACACACCCUCUUGCAGUUGUUCAAUCUUCCUCAAAGAACCAUCUUGGCUUGCCAGCAUCAAUUAAAACUAAAGAAACAAUGAUCAUCUUCACUGAUGAAAUGGUAAGCAUUAAAUUCACCAAUGUUCCUGACUACAAUAAUGCGUCCACUUGGACGCUUGUUAUGGAUGAAUUUGUCAAGGUGUGGUAUGUGGGAAUUGGCAAUGUAGCUGAUUACCCUAGUCAUCGAAUUAAGACGGGAAAGUUCCAAAUUAAGGAGGAUAAUUUUGAUUACAAGCUUGUUUUCUGUGCUGAUGCCAACACCACAUCUUGUGAAGAUGUUGGGGUAUAUGUUGAUGGUGAACAAAAUAGACGUCUAGUUCUAUCUGAAGUAGGAGGAGUUGCUGUUAAGUUCAUGAAUGCAGAUAAAUCUCGUGUAGCAUUUGAUUGAGUAUUAUUUUCUGUCAUUAUAUAAUAAUUAUGCUUAGAUCAAUAAAGUAAUAAAGUUGAUUGAUCAAGGAAUAAGUCUUGGGUUAGGUUAGGUCCAGUGUUAUGUAAUUCAAAGAAUGCUUGAAUAUGUUUCUCGUCCAAUACUAUACCUGUUUCAUGAUUUCAGUUUUUAAUUAUUUUUUUGUCAGCUUUGGUCUAAUCCAGAAUCAAGGUGUAAUUCAGUUGAUUAAGUAAUAUACAUGAGUUGUUGUAAA